AUGCUGCUCUGCUCCCAAGGAAUUGACUUUUUAGCAGGAUUCACAACACCCUCCACUCUGAAUUCAGACAAAAGCCAGUGCAGGAAGACUCGCAACCCCGAAUGCUUUAUGAACGUUAGUGAAAUUAUCCGAUAUCAUGGAUACCCCAGUGAGGAAUAUCAAGUUACCACAGAAGAUGGAUACAUUCUUGGUGUUUUCAGAAUUCCCGCUGGAAGGAACAGCCAAAAUACAGGGCAAAAGCCUGUAGUCUUCCUACAGCAUGCUUUUCUAGGAGACGCUACGCACUGGAUUUCUAACCUGCCCAACAACAGCUUGGGCUUCCUCCUCGCAGAUACUGGCUAUGACGUCUGGAUGGGAAACAGCCGAGGGAACACCUGGUCUUUAAAACACAAGACCCUUAAUCCCAGCCAGAAAGCGUUCUGGCAGUUCAGCUUUGAUGAAAUGGGCAAAUAUGAUAUUCCGGCAGAGCUGUACUUCAUCAUGAAUAAAACUGGACAGAAGGAUGUAUAUUAUGUCGGUCACUCUGAAGGCACAACAACAGGCUUCAUAGCAUUUUCUACAUACCCUGAGCUAGCUAAACGGGUGAAGCUGUUCUCUGCUCUGGGCCCAGUAACCACAUGCUCACAUGCUACAAGUCCUCUUCUUAAGAUUACAAAUCUUCCUGAACCGCUACUCAGGUUAGUACUUGGCUGCAAAGGAGCUGCACACCAGAUUGGAUUUCUGAAAGGACCUGUGACACAGUUAUGUACAACCCUGGAUAAGUUUUGCGGCCACGUACUCUGUUACAUAGCUGGAGGUAACAUAAAAAAUCUGAACACGAGUCGAAUAGAUACCUAUGUAGGACAUUCCCCUGCUGGAACAUCAGUACAGAACAUUAUUCAUUGGCAACAGAUAGCACAUGCAGACCAAUUUCAAGCUUAUGACUAUGGCUCUAAAGAAAACAUGAAGAAAUACAACCAGUCUACUCCUCCUGUGUACAAGAUAGAGAAGAUAAGCACACCAAUUGCUGUUUGGAGCGGUGGACAUGACACAUUUGCAGAUCCAAAAGACAUGGCAAAGCUGCUUCCUCGGAUUACUAAUCUCAUUUACCAUGAGAAUUUUCCUGCUUGGGGACAUCUUGAUUUCAUCUGGGGCCUUGAUGCAACAGAGAAAUUGUAUCGGAAAAUCAUUGAACUAAUAACAAAAUACCUUUGA